AUGAAAUCAUAUACUAUAGAUAAGGAUUUAGGAUAGGGAACAUUCAGCAAGGUGAAAUUGGGGAUUCAUAAACUUACAGGUGAGAAGGUAUAUUAGUUUGUAUAAUUUGAAUUUAGGUUGCUAUAAAGAUUAUUGACAAGACUAAAUAACAAGAGUCGGAUUAUGUUAGGAUUCACAGAGAGAUUUCAAUUCUAAGAAAACUAAGACACCCAAAUGUGGUGUAGUUAUUUGAAGUAAGCCAUUUGCAUAGUAGAUUGUCGAAAGUGAUACUAAGUUAUACAUUGUUACUGAAUAUGCAAGUGGAGGAGAGCUCUUUGACCAUAUAGUACACAAUAAACGUCUAGAGGAAAGAGAAGCUGCUAGACUAUUUAUUUAACUCAUUCAUGCAGUUACUUAUAUUCAUGAACACCAAGUCGUUCAUAGAGAUUUAAAACCAGAAAAUGUAUUACUCAAUGAAGGUACAUUAAAAGUAGUUGAUUUUGGACUAUCAUCAACUUAUUAAAUUGGAUAAAAAUUAAAAACUCCUUGUGGCAGUCCAUGUUAUGCUGCUCCUGAAAUGUUACAAGGACUUUCAUAUGAUGGUCUAUUUACAGACAUUUGGUCCAGUGGAAUCAUAUUAUAUGCAAUGAUUUGUGGGUAAUAAUACUAUUUCAUAUAUAUUUACAAAGAUGUGUCCCUUUUGAAGAUCAAAAUACUAAGAGAUUAUAUGAGAAGAUUAAAACUUCCGAUUUUCAUUUACCUAAACAUGUUAGUUUAUAGGCAGCUGAUUUACUUAAAAAAUUAUUAAUGAAAGAUCCUACAUAACGUAUUACAUUAUAAGAAAUUAAAAAUCAUGAUUUCAUUAAAUUUGCUGGUAAAUAUUCCAUUCCAUAACCUCUUAAAAUUGAUAAUGAUAUUGUGCAAUAAAUGGUUUAAUAUGGAUUAUCUACUCAAAAUGAAAUUAUAGAAAUGAUUCAAAACAACAAACAUAAUUAAAUCACUACUACAUAUUAUCUUUUGUAAAAUAAAAAUUCAUAAACCUAAUCCUAAUCUACAUCACAAGCCUUUAAUAAAAUUACAUAAUAACUCAUUUCUCAUGUUCCGCAUAAUCAAAUAACUGAAAAUACUCCUUUCAUUUUUAAAAUUAAACUUAAAAGCAAAUCCCCUUAUCAAUAAUAGGAUAAAUAAAAUAAUGAUGUCACUUUAGGGUAAAUUACACAAUCUCCAAGAAAAAAUUAUUUAGAAAAUCAACACAAUAUUUCUAUUACUAAAAAAAUGUAUAAAAUUUUCAUUUCAUAUUCCUUAGACGAUAAAAAACAAGAUCAUAAGAACCUAUACAAAAACGAGAACCAUCUCUUAGUAAUCAAUAACCACUUACAAAAUAAACAAAAUAAUCACAAAUUGGAGAAUUCUUCAAAAAAAUUGAAAAUGAUUAAUUCUAAAAUCAACGAUAAAAUGUUGUACCUUAAGGAUAUAAUAAAUUUAUUAUCACUGAACGUGUUAGUAUGUAAAAUAAUAUAUCCAUUUCUAAAAUACCCUCAAGAUAAGGAAGAUUAUCAUUCAAAAUUGAAUAAAAACCUUUGUAAACUUAACCUAAUGAAAGCAACAAAGAUGGCAAACAUUAAAAAUCCAAUUCCAAUACCAAAAAACCUACUGAACUUAGCUCUAAUUAAAAAUUAUUACAAAUGGAUUCUAUUGCUACAUCAAUUUAAAAUAAUAUUCAGAAUAGAUUUCUAAUUUAUAAAAAGAAAAUUAAACAAUGA